AUGUCAGCGGAAAAAUACCUUGAUCCUCCUCACUUUAUUCAAGAAUGGGAAAGUAAUGAUGAAAGUACUUGGCCUAAACCUCCUGCUUGUUUAGGUGAUGAUGAAACUUAUUUUUCUUUUAAUAGAACUGUCAAAAGAGAGGAAACCGAUUUGUUCCCAAGUGAGAUACUUGAUAGAACAAAAGAUGUAAGAGAUCAGUUAAAACAAUUAAACCACUCAAUCCUUGUAGCAUAUCUUGCCAUUAUUUCUAAACAAAUGAAUCAACCACAUAGGUAUGAGGUUAUUACACCUUAUGUUUAUCAUCUUCGGUUAUUAAUUUCUACAAUGCACCAAGCAUUAAACUCUUAUCGACCCUAUCAAGCAAAAAAGUAUUAUGCUCUUCUGUUUGAAAAACAAGUUGAACAUAAAGAAAAAUUGUAUGAACAACUGAAGGCAUUGAUUGAUGAUGCAAAUAAUAAAUAUAAAAAGAAUUUUGAAAUACCAAAAAAAUCAAUGGAGGAGUGUUAA